AACACGAUGCUUUGUAAUUGUGUCCCUCGAGUUGAGCGACUUACAAGCAACGACUCGCGAUACAAAGCACAGUAGUUGCACGGUCUCGUUUGAUGCUUUUCAUAAAUAAACAUCCGUCUUCUCUCUCGCACACUCACAGGAUACUCUUUCUACAACCUCAUUGCCUACUCGCGUAUAACAUUCGACCUCGUUGGGUAGUGGACAACUGCCGAUACGCAAACCCGCAUCUUCAGUCCACUGACUCGAACCAUCUUCUUCGACGUCAACUCAUUUAUCCCUCUCCUCAAGACAAGACCUCAUUUUCAACCUCAACCAGCAGCCCCAAACCGAAAACCCUCGCUCGUAGUUGACGCGCGCACUGCACAGCACACCCAACCAUGAAGUCCUCCGUCUCCGUCCUCUACCCCAACGAGUCCGUCGCGCGGAACGUGACGACGUACUCCGAGUCCCGCUCCACGGACCUGCCCGCGCACAUCGUCGCCUACCACGAGCACAUCGACGCCACGCAGCCCGAGACGUCGAUGCUCAUGAUCAGCAACUUCCAGGCGCAGAACCACAUCUGGCUCGCCAAGCUCAUCGGCGCCAAGAGGGUACUCGAAAUCGGCGUCUACGUUGGGUACUCCGGCAUGAUCUGGUCCCAUGCUGUCGGGCCCGACGGCACCGUCACCGGCCUCGAGUUCAACGCCGAUUACGCGAAGCAGGCCGAAGCCGCAUGGGCCGCCAACGGCAUCACCAACGCGUCCGUCAUCGUCGGCGACGCUCUCGAGACCCUACCUGCCCUAAGCCCUUCCGAGCCGUAUGACCUGAUCUUCAUCGACGCUCAGAAGUCCGGGUAUCCGGCCUACCUCUCCACUAUCCUUGCCGCCUCCGCCCCGUCAUCCAGCACCCGCCUCUUGCGCGCCGGCGGUCUUGUCGUUGCCGAUAACGUCCUCCGCCGCGGCAUCGUUGCUGACGACUCGGAUGAGAACCCUUGGAUUGUUAAGGAGAAGGCUCAGCGCGCCACCUACUGGCGUUCCGAGGACGUUGAAAAGCUGCGCGAGUUCAACGACGCCGUGCACGACGAGCCGCGGCUGGACUCGUGGCUGAUGCCACUGUACGACGGGGUCCAUCUCGCCAGGUUGGUCAAUUGAGGGCCCGUCAAAUUAUAAGACUGGAGCUUGAAGUUGAGACGACCGCGACAAAUGCCAGGGAAAGCGCGAAAGCAAAGAGAGAGGGAGGAGACAGCGGGGACGUAUUUCUAGACGGACUGUUGUUUCCGGAAUCAUGAGUAACGAAUUAACAGUCCACGAUCAAGUAGACGCUCUGGGUAAAAAUAGACAGACAGAGUUGAACGCAACCAAA